AAGUAUGGCGGCGAAGUGUUUGACAACACUAACAGAGCAGUGGAUACGUGAAAGAUUAAGGAUAAAACACCCGUGUCUCGGCGACGUGCGGACAUUGAGCCUUCCGGGGACAUAUGAGGAGAAGAUCAGACACCUGGGAAAUGGUCUGAGUAACUUUAUCCGUCUGAAAUCUCUGGAUCUCUCCUGUAAUGCACUCGUUUCAGUUGAGGGUGUGCAACAUUUAAAAAUGCUACAGAGGCUGAUCCUCUACUAUAACUGCAUACCUUCUCUUGAAGAAGUGAAAGUUCUGUUUGAGCUGCCAUCAUUAAAAGAGUUGGACCUCAGGCUCAACCCUCUGGCCAAAAAUAAUCCACAGUACCGCCUUUACUUGGUGCAUGCCAUGCCCAGCCUGCGCAAGCUAGAUAGCUGUUCAGUCAGAGAUGCUGAGCGUAAAUCUGCCUUGAUGCAGUUCUCUUCAGAACUUCUUCCUCAGCAGAUGAGCUUCUCUUUGAAUCUGAUUGAUGAUCGAAGAAGCAGUGAUCGCAGACCAGCUUUAACUGAUCGCUUAACCAAGAGCCUUUCUGUCCUGACCGACACUCGUGAUAUUGAGCUGAACUUUGAGGCCACAAAUGAUGGAAAGCAAAGUGAAGCUGUCUCUGACUCAUUUCACAAGGAGGCCGAUGGUUUCAAAGAGAAAGUUUCUGUAGAUUUUAGAGAACAGAGGAGCUCAACUCCCAAACAGGAAACUGCUAAAUCCAUCCUCAGGUAUCCACUCACUAAAACUGAUAACAGUGAGUCCAAAGGGUCACAGAUGAAAGAUCUGUCUCAUCAAAAAAGCUGCACCUCAAUAAAAGUGCCUGAAAGACCAAAAGUGUCCUUUGGCCCCUACAUAGAGCAACGUAGACCUGCUCAUGGAAACCCAAAGCAAAAGGACUCUCCCAAACAAACCAGACAUCCAGCUAAAGGGCAUUUUACCCCAAAUCCAGAUGAAAGCCUCCGUCACAGUUCCUCAUUUAUUAAUAUCCGGCCUCCCAGUCCACGACGUCCUGGUUUGAAUCUGUCUGACCCUUCUAACCCCAUCUUGCAUCCUCCACGACUAACCUACUCCAGCUUCAACAAAACAGACGGGAGCUCCAGCCAGCCUGUGCAAGCUGAGAAGAAAAAAAAGGGUAGUUAUAGGAAACCCCUGGAGAUGCUCCUCAACCUCGUGGACAAACACUGGACAGGGGAGAGGUCACUGCAUCAAAACAACAACUUCCUGUCUCAGGCAGUCCAGAUCCUCUCCAUGAUGGAAAGCGAUAUUUCCAGUCGGGAAACUGAGGUCAGGACCUUACAGCGGGAAGCUGAUGCGCUUUGCUUUCAAGCGGUAGCACGAGAGGAAGAGCACAAAACUGAAGUGCACAACCUCUCCGCUCAGCUGGAGGAAGCUCGGAGAGCGGGGGGCAAACUGAACGAGCAGCUGAGGGUCGUUUUAGAAGAAAACGUUGCUCUGCAGAAGCAGCUCAUCAAGUUAGAACGCCAAUAUCUGAAGUCUAUGAUGAAAAGCUCACCUGUGUCUCAGAUCAGAGAAGCUCAGGCCGAAGUAGAGGAACUGAAGAAAGAGAUCGAGGGGCUGAGGAAGAAAGUGCAGGAAGCUGAGAAAGUCAAAGAACUUUCAGAUAUGCUGCAAGAAAGCCACAGGUCUCUGGUGGCUACAAAUGAAUGCUUGUUAGCAGAGCUGAAGGGAAGUGGGGAACAUUAACGCAGAAUUUGAACAAAGAGAUGCACGCCAGGAUAAAAAUAUCAAAGCAGGACUAUGCCGAGUGUCAUAUUAGCAUGUGCCAGCAAAUAUAAACUGCUUCAAUUAUUUUAUUUUUUAAAUGACUGCAGAUUACUGCAAAAUUGUAUUAAGUGCUAUACCUUUUUAAUAAGUUUUUCUAUUAUUUAAAAAAUGUGCAUAAGCUGCAUUUACUUGAUGUAAACAGUAACCGGGAAAGGCAAUUCAUUCAGGAAGCUUUGUGUAUGAGUGUGUGACAGGGCUGUUGUAUUAACAAAUGAUUUUCUGGGGGGGUGUUAGUGAAAAGGUCAUAAUGCAUUUCCUGGAUCUGUGGCGAGAUCGUCUCUCUUUUGGCUCCCUUUUUUAGUUUUUUUUCUGUUUGUAGGUCAGUCUCCAUCUGCUUUGCACGCCGCAGUGGAAUGAAUGCAUCUAGAUUCCAGCUGCACUGUGACUUUAUUUAUACCUCUGCCUUCGGGCUGGAGAGAUGCGCAGGCAGACAUGCACUUUCCUCUCGCUAACACUAAAUCAAGCACUGGCAAACCAGGUUAGAGGUUUGGAUGCUACACAAACUGAAUGUCUUCUUUUUCUUUUUAUAUGAAUGUUACAGAUCGCUGGUUGGUACCACUUGUAGGGAGUAAACUCCACAAAAGAAAGAAAGAAAAGAAAGCAAGAACAUAACUACUGUUUCAACAGACACUCCAAAACCUACUCAGCAGAGGUUCCAGGGUGUGCGUGCAUGUUUUCUUUUCUUUUUUUUUUAUUUUCAAUAAUGCACUACAAAUCAUGAACACACUUAAAGAGAUCUAAAGAACAAGAACAAAAAAACAAACAGAAAA